UUACCAUAGCGCUCGAAGAAAUAGCCGGAAGUAUGAAAGACUUGACAGUUUCAUUUAUAAAUGCAUGCUUAAAGAAUUAUUUGCAAUGUUUCUGCGGUCGAGAGACUAGAUUUUACCUUUAUUAAACACGCUAAACAUCUGGAUCGUAGCGUUUGAAGUGUGGCAAAAUACACAGACUUCAGUGUGUCAGUUGAAGGGACGCAAACGACUGAAUAGUCAUGCGUGAAGUUUUAAAAGGACAAAACGGGAGCGCGGCAUUUUAGAAGCGAAGACCCGGUCAUUCCCUUGUCUAUGGAAAAAGGAAAUGAAACCUCAAAAAUGGCCUUUGCAAGUAACUUUUGCUAAAAUGAAUCAGAUGGGUGGUACCUGGAAGGCUGAUGCUCAGACCAGAAAUCAGUUUCUCCAAAACCAGCUCCAGUUUAACAGGGAUGUUCCUGCCAUGCCUGCAAACCUAGCAACUCGAUUUUGUAACCCUGCACCAAUUAUAAUUGAGAAACUGGCACCCUUCAAACCCUGUAAUGAUCCAAGCAGCCCCCAGGUGGCAUAUAGUCCAGGCACUUCAGAGAGUUCAAUGCAGUUUUCUGUGAUCUCAGAAGAACGUCUUCAGUGGGCGGUUAAAAAAGCACAGAGAGACCUGCGACGCCAAAAGCAGAUGUCCAUGCUGGCAGACAGUUUGCAAGAACCAGCUACAGUGAAUGCAGAAGAUGAGGAACCAUGUGAAAAAAUGAGUCAUGGGUUAAAGCAAAAGACAAAAAAGCCAAACAACACCAGUGCCAGGGCAGAGGUCAUGCCAUCAGGAGCCAGUGUUCUUGUCUACAUCCCUGAAAAGCUUAUUCAUCCUACCAGUGCUAAAAUGCCGGUUUCACCACCAACAAAAGACUUUGGGCCAGUACAAAGACAAGGAAGUCCUUUCAAAAACCAAGAAGGGAAGCUCCUUGUUGAGAUGUGUCGAUUGCAGAAAGAACUCAAUGCGUGCAAAAAGGGUUUUGAGGAAAUUGCUAAUCGUGGAGAGCCUAUUGAGCCUCUGGACCCUGAGGAAGUGCGUCGUGCUCACGUUCGGAGGCAGGAGCAAGCAGCCCGCUCAGCAAGGAUAAUUUAUGCACUGCAGCAGCGGGUUAAAGAAAUUUUGGAGGAAGUAGACCGGUUCAGUCCCCACAAAGACAAGAAUGCGAUAAAGUCUAGGGCAAUGGACAGGCUGAUUGUAGCUCAUCGGGGAACAGUGCGUGCCCUGCAGGUCUUUGUCAGCCAGCUCUCUGACCAGAUGGAGACCCGCGUGCCCUCAUAUUACAGAGAACUUGCCAAACUAGUUCGGCAGCUUGCCCUCUGUUCUGCAAAACUGGUUGCAGGAGCAGGAGUAGGCAGAGCUGUUUCUGAGAGCACAAUUAAUAUCCUUGAGCAACUUGAGAAUUUAGAAGUUGCCAUACAGGCUACUGAGAAUCAAAAAAAGAAAGAUCCUCACGUUCGUGGCUCUUCUUCCUCUCCCUUGCGCAAAUCCUCAGCUCCAAGAAGACGAGGUGCUAUGAUUGGGAAGUUCAGGGCAUCAGCUGCCAACAGGAAAAACACUAGAGGUAUAACACACUCGUCAAAAGUAGUCUCCAAAACAGAUCAUUCCUCCUCUUUAGACCGUAAUGAAGUUCUGAAGGCUGGAAUAAAUAAUCUUCUUCGCUUAGGAGUACUGAAAAAGGAGGAACAUGCUACUUCCAAACCUCCUUCUCAAAAGGGAGUUUUGCUGGUUAAUGGGCCACAGGGAUUUCGGAAGACUUCUCAACCAGUAAAUGUCCAGUUUUAUCAGUCUACACUGGCUUCCAAGUUGAAAGAAAAUCAGCCACCCAUUAAGGAAAAUACCACUCCAUGGAUCCCACCACAUCCAACAUCACCGCCAGCCUCCCCUAAACGUGCUCCAUGGAAGAAGCAAAAUUUGAGAGUUCCACUUCUAGAUUCCCAAGAGCACAAAAGCCCAGGAAGGGAGUGUGAAAUGCUGAAAGAGAUUAUGGAGAAAGAGAGGAAGCAUCUUAUGGAACAUGAGGCUGUGAGACAAGCCUGGCUUGAAACUGAAAUGGUGAAUAAGGCAAAUGAGGUGAAAAAACUUCUGAAAGAGGAAACGGAUCAUGUUCUCAGGCUUAGGUCAGAGGCUGCAUCUCCAACUCGAUGGGCAGAAACAGCUGAGAGAGAAGCUCGGAAACGAUUGGAGCCUCUGCUGGACAGAGCACAGAAAAUUGGUGAUAAGAUGGAGAAGAAUACUUCACUGAAAAACAGACUGUCCAUGCAAGCUGCAGAAAAAGCAGCAUGGAAUGCAGAUUUACUGAGUGAAAAAAUCCUGGAUGAACUACUAGAAGACACUGUUCAGGCUCUUUGGAAUAUAGAGGAAAAUCGACAGAUCCAUCAGGCUGGCAUGGCGAUGCAAGACAGUCCUACCUUGGAAGCCAUGUUGGCCCGAAUGGAGGAGAUGGAGAAAGACCAGGAGGCUGUAAGGCAAAGAUUAACCCGGAUUAUCUAUAGUGAUCCUGAUGUAUGGACAGAGGUUGAUAAGACAGGGAAAUCUUCCCAUGAAAAAAAACCUGUCAAUCCCCUGCCAAUUAAAAUCACCAAAAGCAUGGAGCGUCGGGACCCUAGUGUUGAAAUCAUUGUUGAGGCCCCCGUUGAAUCAAAUGUUGUGCAUGAGGACUCAUCUAUAGAAGAACAGUCACAGGAAAAUGAAAACCCCACCAUACCCAAGGCGGUGGAAUUUAGAAAUCCAGCAGCAACAACUCUCUUCUUACCAAAACGAAUGCAACAAAACAUCCUUGACUACAGAGAGAGGCAUGAGGCUUUUCUCCGGCUUAUAUAUCAUGAUGCUGUAGGAGGGUUUAACCCCUGGGAUAUUGUAAACAGUCUAGCUGAAGAACUGAUGUCUGAAGCCCUGAGUGAGGUUGCUGCAGAAUUCCAAGGUGUCUGUGAGGAGUAUGCAGAGGCUGUUUUUACCUCUGAGUUUUUAUAGCCCAGAGAUUUGUCAUCUUUUUUUUUUCCUCUCAAGAAAAUUCAAUUAAUUGUUUCCUGUAUUUUGUUUCCUGAGGUUGUUGAUUUUUAAACUUCCAUCAGUCUGUAAAAUCAAUAGAAAGGAGGCCAGUAGGCUUGCCUGUGGACUAAGAAUCUUACUCUUGUAUCUAUAUCGGUAUGAUGCCUGCCUGUUCAAACCAUGUACAUUUGACUUGAAAAAUAUGAAGAAGGCAAAUCCCAAAGCCUUUAAGAUUAAGUCCCGUUUGAGAGGAUUCAGAAAACACUUGUGACAAAAUGUGUUUUAUUUAUUAGCCUUUUGAGCACUGCAUGCAGUACAGACCCAGACCCCACCUCUUGAAGAGGCCGAUUAUGUGUGCUUUGUGGGUUGCAAGCAUGUCAUUCUGUGACUCAUAGUCAUAACAUCACAGAACAGUCGCACACAAACCUGAAUUGCUGUACUUAAUGUUUUAAAGAUAAAAGACAUUGCAAUUAUCUAAACGAUUCGGCACCCUCUGGAUUAAGGACUGCUUGUAAACGGCAGGGUCACUGAUUGAAUUACAGUAAGUACCCCUCUGAGGCACUGAGGCGAUGCUUUCUUCUUGCUGGUUAGAUCUAAAAGUUGGAAAUGAGAUUUCCCGAUGCACAGUUUGCCGUUCAUCCAGAUUUGUUUUUUUUUUCUCAUAUGUACAAACUGAAUCUUAACAGGUUUUUAGCCAUGGUAGGUGUAAAACAAAUUGACUUGACAAUCAGCGAAGUUAGGAGUGCAGACUGUAAGGAUUUAAAACCCUGUAACAUGCUUGUUUGUUUAUAAACUCUUAAACAUGGAUGAGCACAAAAUCUGUACCACCUCCCACCACAGUAUUAACUGGACUCUAAUAUUUAAAUCAUUUUCCUCAGAAUUCUUGUCCUGUCCACUAUCAGUCUUGUUACAAACUUGACUAGGUCCAUUCUUCAAAGUCUGCUUGGCUCGCCAUAUCUCAUGUUUCUAGAGUUAUAGGUGUUUGACUUGAAGGGUUCACAUAGUUUAAUGCUCAGUAUUGUUUCUUUAAAUCUUGUGUAUUUUAUACAAUUUAAGGACUAAAGAGUUUGAGACUUUAUGGAUUACUGAACAGGCCUACCUGAGCACAUGUAGCUAGACUAUGAAAGUUCUAAGGAAACCCCAUCUGACCAACUUCUUUUAAUGCAGCUGUUCUUUAGUGUUUAAGUUCACUUUCUUCAGACUUACACAAAAAAAAAAACUUUACAGGUGGUGGACUUCCUACUAUAGAAGGGAUGCUAUAGUAGUGAAAUCUACCUUGGCGGAUGUGCCAAGGGAACCUUUCGCCUUUUUAAUAACUCUCUAGACCUGCAAGUGUUAAUGCAGUAGUAGUCUGACAAAUGGCAUGUCAUACAAAUGUAUAGUCUUGCCAUUCUCAUUGGAUGAAGUAUUGCCAGCUUGUGUUGUUUACUGUGAAAAUAGGCAAACUUGUCUCCUUGCCUUGUUUAUUUCCCCGUUUUAGACUGAAAGGUUAUGAAUAUGUAGGUAGCAGGAAGUGAACAUGCAAGCAUUUGUUUCAAGAGGGAGGAUAGAUCUACAAUCAAAAUAAUGGAAGGCACUCACUCGAUGGUUUGUGUAUGAGAAAUGAUAAGCAAAGAGAUACGCCCAUUGAUUUGUGAGGCCUGAAGAGAGACACAGACAGCAACGCUCUUGUACAGAUCAUAAUAAGCCUUGUGUUCGCUUACAUUGACCUCGUAGUGACCAACACCUAAAAUGAACAAAUGGUGUAAUUAAUUCAUACAAAGCAGGACUGAGACCAGAUCACUGUUAAUUGAGCUCAUGAAUACAAUGGCUCCCUCAUUUUAUACUCAUGAUAAUAAUGGUUUUUGAAAGUCUUCUCUUUUUAUUAUGCCUUUGCUCUAUAGUAAGCCAUAUAUCUUUUUAAAGAUAUAAAGCAGCUUUCCAAAAAGUAUGUAUUUACAUGUUUGUGUGUUUCCCUAAUAAUCUGCAAAAAUACUUGAAAAGUGUUUUGUAGUUUAAAUGAUUUUGUGUGUAUUUAAGAAUUAUAUUUUUUCAAAUAAAUUGU